AUGACGCAAACUACCGGUGCUGACACGAGUCCAACCGUAUUGGCGGUGAGCAACGACAGUCUCCUUCUCGGGUUGCUAUCCUUGUUCCUUGGAGGUUCCAUCUGGUAUUUUCUCGCCCACAAUAAGAAAAAGAGAUCUCCAACUCUGCCAUAUCCAAUACAGCCCCCAAAUCCUCACUUUCUCUUGGGCCAUGCAAAACUGCUGGAUCAUACCAAAGGACCCCAUUUUGAUAUCAAGCUCCUGGAGCUGGCCAAACAGCUCGGGGGCGUCUUCUCCCUUCAAGUCCCGGUUUUGGUAGCUAAAACCAAUGCUACGUACGGGACCGUGGAACAGGGCACUAUGAUUGUGGUGGCUGAUCCAGCCCUCAUCAAACACGUUACUGUUACCAAGAAUUUCCCAAAGAGUUGGACCAUGAAGAAAAACAUUCCAUUGUUUGGUGAAACAUCGAUUCUACUACAGGGAGACGAAGCAUGGAAACGCCUUCGCAAGACGUUUGCACCUGGCUUUACCACUAGUUUUCUCAAAGACAUGGUCGCCGUCAUGUGCGACAAGUUGGAUCGGUUCAUGGAAUGUAUCGAACAAGAAGAUGUCCGCGCCAACCAGCCUACUCAAAUGAUGACCAGAGCACAGACUUUCACGUCAGAUGUCAUUGUGCAGAUUGCCUUUGGAGAAGAUUGGGGUGGCACCAAACCUCAUGAUGCUCGAGGAUACAUCACGGAGAUCACAGAAGGUGUCAUUUUUGCAGAUAAAGAUAUCAAGACCAAGUUGUUUGGUUGGGAGCACAGGCGCCGAAUGAAAGUCCUAGAAGCAAAAAUUGACGAAGUGAUGCAGCAAGUGCUGGACCGCAGAUUGGGGCAACUGGACACGAAAGGAAAGAUCAAUGGAGCCAGUACUACUAAUUCAACUACCACCACAAGGAACUUUGCCAAUGUGUGUACGUUGGCUAUUGAUUCUAUGAGAAAAGAAAGACCUGACGGUGUCCUGACAGAGGAAGACCGAACAGUGAUUGUGCAUCAGCUCAAAACCUUCUACUUUGCUGGACAUGACACAACUGCCACCACCAUCUCCUGGGCCAUUUGGCUUUUGAGUCAGCAUCCCAACGUCUUGGAAAAGCUGCGGGCUGAGUUGCGGGACAGGCAAAUCUUUUCCACGCCAGAGCAACGCCCCACUUAUGAACAGUUGCAACAAUGCGAGUAUCUGGAAGCUAUACUGAAGGAAGUCUUGCGACUGUAUCCGCCAGAAAGAUUUGUCGGAGUUCCACCGGAAGAGUACGCGGACAAGUACAUUCCCUUUCUGAAGGGACCACGGGUUUGCUUGGGCAAGUACUUUGCGUUGCUGGAGGCUAAGUUGGCCAUCAGUGCCCUGGCACAGCGCUAUGAUAUGAGCUGUGUCAACCCCAAUGAAACCAUAAGCUACCGAAUCACAACCUCACCUCUUGAUGGUGCCAGGGUGCAACUGUCCAUGCGAAAGUAA